AUGAGUGUCAACAACUGUCCAUUAACGGUAAAAAGACAUUUCUCGUCAAGUUUGAUUAUUUUAAGAGAAUGGAAGCUUGUUGAAACAAGACGAAUUGCAAAACAACCUGACUUUCAAAUCGGUGGUGAAAAACCUUUAUAUAUUCCAAAGAAAAGAAAAGUGUUUCCAGAUUAUAAAUAUGGAGAAUCAAAUUUAUUCAAGCAGAGCAACCAAGGGCUAUUUGGUGGUUCAUUCAUACAAUUCGGCAACAAUAUCUCGGAAAGUAAGAUUAAAACAAGAAGAACAUGGUUACCAAAUAUUAUUAAAAAGAGUCUUUGGAGUGAAACUUUGAACAAGCCAAUAACUCUAAAAUUGACCGCAAAAGUUUUGAAAACUAUCACUAAGGAAGGUGGUAUUGACAAUUAUUUGUUAAAGGAUAAAGCUGCCAGAAUUAAAGAAUUAGGUCCAACUGGUUGGAAACUACGUUAUUCCAUUUUAAGUGCGAAAGAUAAGCAGUUAAAUCCUCCACAUAAAGAUGCCAAGACAGUGACUACCAAUUCGGGAGAAGUUAAAAAGAUAUAUUAUGACGUUGAAGUGAAUGGGAAGCCAUUCAAAAUAACUGUCGGAAGAAGACAGUUAUUAAGUUUAUUAUUUGCAAAAGAACAAUUAAACAAAAAAUGUGAUGGUAUAGUUUAUUCCCAUAAAGAAUUCAUAGAAGAGUCACAAAAAUCAACGAUCAGUGACAUACUAUCUAAAUUGGAUAAGUAUGGUUAUGAUCUAUCUACGAUAUCUUUAUAA